CCUGCCAGGCAUCUACAAUCAAGCACAGUACUUCAACCCCGGCCCAACAGAUCAUCUCUGCUGAAUCGUUGCCUCCGCUUCACUGAGUUCACUUCCAUACUCUCCAGAUCCAGUCAGCUGGCCUCCCCAUUCAGUCCUCCUCCCGUGGCACCCUGCCUCACCCUGCCUCUGCCUCCACGUUCCAGCCAGUCCUCCCUCAGCCCCUCUGUUCCCCCGCUCCAGUGUCUCCUCCGUGGAUCUUCAGCCCCGGGCCCGUAUCCCUAAAGAAUUUUUAUGCAAAAAGUGUCUCCUAGCGGCCAAAUUCUAAGAAAAUUCUCAGAGGCAUGACGUUUUCUUAGAAUUUCCCCUAAAAGUGACACGAAAAUCCCAGUUAAUAUAAAAGCUAUUCCUCAAGAGUCCUAGCGCUUAAAAGGGCUCCUAAGGCGAGAUCUGCUAAGAGCAGGGAAGAGGACUUUUAGUGGCUUAGGAGUUCCCCUAAGCAGCUGCACAAAAUGGCCAACAGAGGAGGCAGGAGAGAUGUCCUGCAAACACUGGAUGACAGGGAAUUAUUGAGACGCUACAGAUUGGAUCGUGCAGGAAUCAUGUUUGUGGUGGAUCUCCUUAGAGAUGCAAUUACUUCACCAACUCAACGCCACAACGCUAUUACACCGGAGAAGAAAGUAAUCAUAACCCUGAGGUAUUUGGCAACAGGGAAAAUGCAACAAUGCAGCAGUGAUGACUUGGGUCUGUCCCAAUCCUCCGUCAGCAGAGUCAUCACCCAAACACUGACAGCUUUGUCACAACCUAAUAUUGUGACACAAUUUGUUUCAUUCCUGCUGGAUGCCCGCACUUUACACACACAUAAAAGGGCAUUUAUGGACAUUGCAGGAUUCCCUGGCGUUGUGGGUGUAAUUGAUGGAACACGUGAGAAUAAUUGCGCCAUCAGAGGACGAGGCUGUCUUUGUUAACAGGAAGAAUUUCCACAGCAUCAAUGUGCAAAUGGUGUUCAAUGCGGCCUGUAAGAUUUUGGACAUUGUGGCUAAAUGGCCAGUCUCCACACAUGAUGCGAGAAUGCUCUCCGAGAGUGCCAUCAGACAGCUUUUUGAGAGACGCUAUGUGCCAGCUAAUUGCCACUUGUUAGGGGACAGUGGCUACCCAUGCAAACCAUGGCUCCUUACACCUUACCUCCAGCCACGCCAAGGGCCCCAACUAAACUAUAACAGGGCCCACAAGACAACAAGAGCGGUGGUGGAGCGUGGCAUAGGCCAGCUUAAGAGGCGCUUUCAUGUUCUCCACGGAGAGGUGCGGCUGAGGCCUGAAAAAGUCAGCAAAGUCAUCAUAGCCUGUGCAAUAUUACACAAUAUUUGCAAGGUUAGACAGAUUGCAGAACCUCUGGAGGAUGGCGAUGAGGAUGAAGACAACGAUGAGGAUGGUGGUGAAGAAGAUACACAUUCCACAGGGGAACCUAGCCCAGAGUGGACUGCCUUACAGGGCAAACUUCACAAAUUUACAUUUCAGGGAUGCUGACGGAGCAGGUGCUGCGGAUGGGAAUGGUGUUUGAUCCGCCGGGCUAUCCUGAGUAGCAGCUGCAGAUGGUUCAGGCGGCAAUCUUGUCGGCAAACUUGAUGGGCCCGGUUCUUGUGAUGGCUCCACGCUACAGAAAU